AUGACACUUUUGAUCUCCGCUCAUUCAUCUCCUUCAUCACCGCCGCUUCAUUCUCCGUUUGUCCCCGUCACCAGCAACAUGCAAGUAUUCCGUUUUCUCGUCAUCGCGGCUAUUGCUGCUAUGGCCAUCGACACGGUGGCCAGCGUUCCCGAAGAAGACUCCAAGACUGCCGAGGAGGUCUCUGAUAAUGCCCAGGAUGUUAUCCUCGGAGCAUCCAGCAGCACCGGAUCGGUCGGUGCGGGCAGCACCGAUUUGUCUUCCGGAUCGACCAGCGGAUCAAGCGUAGCUGCCGCGGCUGGCAUCGCCACGACUGCCAUGACAGUGGCCGCUGUCAUGGUCAUCUAA